GGCAGGGGGCAGGUGGGCUGCACCGAGGAGUUAGGGCCACUGGAGUCCGCCGGACGCUUGAAGUUCGCGGGGCUCGAAGUGCCGGUAGCUGAGUCGUGCCGAGCGCGGCGUCCGACGUGGAGUUCCGAACCUGAAACCCCCGCACGUGUCCCGUCUCCGUGCCCGCCCGGCUUCUCUGCUCAGGGCCUUUUUUUCCCCGUUGCCACCGUCUCGUACCUGUUUUGCUGCCUGCUGUCAGCCUCUCACCCGCCUGAGCGAUCUCUGAAAUGCCAACAGUCCGGGUGAACUCCGGGCUCAGUCGUUCGGUGCAGCCCCACUGACUAAGCAAUUAUAUAAAAUUCAGCAGACAUGUCUCGAAGAUAUGACUCCAGGACCACUAUAUUUUCUCCAGAAGGUCGCUUGUACCAAGUCGAAUAUGCCAUGGAAGCCAUUGGACACGCAGGCACCUGUUUGGGAAUUUUAGCAAACGACGGGGUUUUGCUUGCAGCUGAGAGACGCAACAUCCACAAGCUUCUUGAUGAAGUCUUUUUCUCUGAAAAGAUUUAUAAACUCAACGAGGACAUGGCUUGCAGCGUGGCAGGUAUCACCUCCGAUGCCAACGUCCUGACUAACGAACUGAGGCUCAUUGCUCAAAGGUACCUACUGCAGUACCAGGAGCCCAUCCCUUGUGAGCAGUUGGUUACGGCGCUGUGCGAUAUCAAGCAGGCCUACACGCAGUUCGGAGGAAAACGUCCCUUCGGUGUUUCUUUGCUGUACAUCGGCUGGGACAAGCACUAUGGCUUUCAGCUCUAUCAGAGUGACCCUAGCGGCAAUUAUGGGGGCUGGAAAGCCACGUGCAUUGGAAAUAACAGCGCCGCAGCCGUGUCAAUGUUGAAACAAGAUUACAAAGAAGGAGAAAUGACUUUGAAAUCAGCACUGGCACUAGCUAUCAAAGUACUAAAUAAGACCAUGGAUGUGAGCAAACUGUCUGCUGAAAAAGUGGAGAUCGCCACGCUGACCCGAGAGAACGGAAAGACGGUGAUCAGAGUUCUCAGACAGAAGGAGGUGGAGCAGUUGAUCAAAAACCACGAGGAAGAAGAAGCCAAAGCUGAACGCGAGAAGAAAGAAAAAGAACAGAAAGAAAAGGAUAAAUAGGAGACAAAGUCGGGGCUUUUCUAACUCCUUUGGGGCGCCAUUUCUGUGUAAAAGCGUCCUACUCCUCCACACUGGGCAGGAUUUGCCCGUUUUCUAGCGUGCAGUGGAGAAAUAGGACACACAUGCUGAACUGGGUCCCUGUCCUUCCUGUCCAUCCGAGUACUUCACUGUGAGGAUGACGGUAACCGUCAUGGACCUCUUCAUCGCCCCCACACAGACCCCUUUUGGUUUUUUUGGAAUAAAACUUGGAAAGAAUGGAAA